CCGUUCACGACCUGCUUCUGCGCUUUAGUGCAAGUGUAUGCUCGUUUCUACCAAGAAAUAGCUGCAAGGGCAGAUAAGGAAUGAGCGUUUAUGACACCAAUUAGUGGUAACGUCUACUUCCUUGCCGCAAUCAGAAAAUUGUUGAGGACCUAGUUGCAGCACGGACCGCGCAGUUUCCAUCUGCGCAGUUGUUUGCAGGCGCAAGAGUGAACCAUGGUUGGCACCGACGACAUAUUCAAGAAACUCGGACCAUGGCACUACCCGGUGUUGGCCUUCUGCUUCUUGCGGGGAUUUCCUGCAGCCUACCACGCCAUGGCGCCAACGUUCACCGCGCCACAGCUGAAGCACUGGUGCGCGAAACCUUCGCAACUGGCAAACUGGUCCACCGAGCGGUGGCUCGAAAAUGGAGUGCCCUGGGAGGAACGAAAAGGAUUGCAGAAACAAAGCCAGUGCGAGAUGUACGCCUACGAAGAAGCCCCAGACGGCUCACUCACAUUCUUCAACGACAGCCGAAUGAAGUGCUCGGCCUGGGAGUACGACCUCGGUGACCAAACAUACACUCUUACAGACACGUUUGAUUUGGUGUGCGACCGUAUCUGGCUGAGGGCAGCCUCUCAGAGCAUUUACAUGGCCGGAAUUAUGAUCGGAAAUACUGUGUUCUCCCAUCUAUCUGACUGGUACGGCCGUAGGCAAUCGCUGCUCUUCGCUAUGCCCUUGCCCAUCGUGGCGGGUCUUCUUACAACGUUUGCACCAACAUUUUGGUUAUACAACAUUGGACGUCUCAUCGCGUCCAUUGGUGUCGGCGGCAUCCAAAACGCCACUUUCACUAUAGCAAUGGAGGUGCUGUCCACCCGCCACCGAGCUAUAGGUAUGCUGGUCGCGAGCGGUGGAUGGACGACGGGCCUCGUCACCCUGACUGGCAUCGCGUGGCUCAUAAGGGACUGGCAGCACAUGCAGAUCGUGAUAUCGCUCGCCUACUUGGUCAACUUUUUCAUAUGGCUGUUCAUACCGGAGUCUCCGCUAUGGCUGCUUGCUACGAAGCACUACAAGAAAGCGGAGAGUAUCCUGAAACGGGCCACCACUAAAAACAACGUCACCAACGUUGACGUGAACCAAAUUAUAAAAUCUUACGAGGACAAGAUGGAGAGAGAGCGGACACUGAAGAAGCCCACUUUUGCCGCUCUGUUUCGUUACCGAUGUUUACGCAGGACGUCCAUUAUCCUGUCCUUCAAAUCAAUAUUUUCAACGCUGCUGUACUACAACUUGACCUACACCAGCAUCCUCUUGGGCACCAAUCCGUACCUCAGCUUCUUCCUGAUGGCUUGCAUGGAGUACCCCCAGAAAUUCAUAGCUAUAUUUUUCAUCAACUCCAUGAAGCGUCGUACUGCCUUCGCCUUCCUCUACUCCUCCGCCGCCUUGUGCUCCCUCGCCAGCAUCUUCAUUCCAUCAGGAUUGUGGUGGUUGCAGCUGUUCUUUAUGCUCAUCACGAAGGUGUUUACCUCUUGUGCCGGUUCCGUGAAAUUUGUCCAGAUAUCAGAAAUGUACCCAACUCAAGUGAGGACGCUGGCCUCGGGGUGGUCAGUGACGACCAGUCGAGUGGGCGCCAUAGUUGCGCCAUUCACGAAAGAGUUGGCCGUGAUAAUAGGGCCAUGGGCUCCUAAAGCUGUGGACUGCACCGUGUGUGUGCUGUGUAUAAUAUUGUCCCUGAUGCUACCAGAAACAUUCAAGAUGACGCUUCCGGACACUGUGGAUGACGUCAAAAGACGAAGCAUAAAGGACGCCACUAAGAUAGAGCCAGAUGGCCUGGACAAACUGAACGAAGAAUUUCCUUGCGUAACAUCCACCGAAGAGGAUGAUGCCGUUGAAAAAGUGUCACUGGACGGAGAAAGAAGGCCAUGAUAGGCAACCAUAACAAUAGACAACUAUUUUAUAUGUCGUUGUGGGCGUAUCCUGCGAGUGGUGUAAAAGACUACCGUAAAGAGGUGGUGUAGCAACACGUGUGGUCACAUGCUUAUUUCCAUAAGUGUGCUUGGAAGAAAAAGUUAUUUUCUGUACUCAUGCCUGAAGAGGCACAAAGACACUUCGCGC